AGUUGUGACAAGACCGGGACCAGGCUGACAGGCCCAGCCCUGACAGGACCGGGCCCAGGCUGACAGGCCCAGGACUAGGCUAACAAGGGCCAGCCCUGACAGGACCAGGCCUGGGACUAGGCUGACAUGGGCCAGCCCUGACAGGACCGGACCCAGGCCCAGGCCCGGGACCAGACUGACAGGCCCAGUCCUGACAGGCUGACAAGAGCGGGCCCAGGCUGACAGGCCCAGCCCUGACAGGUACGGGCCCAGGCUGACAGGCCCAGGAGUGGGCCCAGGCUGACAGGCCCAGCCCUGACAGGAGCGGGCCCAGGCUGACAGGCCCAGGAGUUGGCUCAGGCUGAUAGGCCCAGCCCUGACAGAACCAGAAGUGGGCCCAGGUUGACAGGCCCAGCCCUGACAGGAGCGGGCCCAGCCUGACAGGCCCAGGAGUGGGCCUAGCCUGACAGGCCCAGGCUAGUGGGCCCAGGCUGACAGGCCCAGGAGCGGGACCAGGCUGACAGAACCAGGAGUGGGCCCAGGCUGACAGGCCCAGGAGCGGGACCAGGCUGACAGGAGCGGGACCAGGCUGACAGAACCAGGAGCGGGCCCAGGCCGACAGAACCAGGAGCGGGCCCAGGCUGACAGAACCAGGAGCGGGCCCAGGCUGACAGAACCAGGAGCGGGCCCAGGCUGACCGGCCCAGCCCUGACAGGAGCGGGCCCAGGCCGACAGGCCCAGGAGUGGGCCCAGGCUGACAGAACCAGGAGCGGGCCCAGGCUGACAGGCCCAGCCCUGACAGGAGUGGGCCCAGGCUGACAGAACCAGGAGCGGGCCCAGGCUGACAGGCCCAGCCCUGACAGGAACAGGCCCAGGCUGACAGGCCCAGGAGCGGGCCCAGGCUGACAGGCCCAGCCCUGAGAGGAGUGGGCCCAGGCUGGCAGGCCCAGGAGUGGGCCCAGGCUGACAGGCCCAGCCCUGACAGGAGCGGGCCCAGGCUGACAGGCCCAGGCCGGACAGGAGUGGGUCCAGGCUGACAGGCCCAGGCUGACAGGCCCAGGAGUGGGCCCAGGCUGACAGAACCAAGAGCGGGCCCAGGUUGACAGGCCCAGCCCGGACAGGAGUGGGCCCAGGCUGACGACAGAACCAGGAGCGGGCCCAGGCUGACAGAACCAGUAGCGGGCCCAGGCUGACAGAACCAGUAGCGGGCCCAGGCUGACAGAACCAGGCUAGCGGGCCCAGGCUGAGAGGCCCAGCCCUGAGAGGAGCGGGCCCAGGACCGGGCUAACAAGGGCCAGCCCUGACAGGACCGGGCCCAGGCUGACGACAGGCCCAGGAGGACUAGCCCCAGGGGCAGCCGAGCUGGCCUCCUGCCCCCCUCGCUCCCCCGCCGGACCCCUGCGCCCAGUCAGAGGACCAGGACGAGGAGGAGGAGGAGGAAGGGGAGGAGGAGGAGGAGGAGGACGGUGACAGGCGACAGAGUGUGGCGUCCCACGGCCCGGGGGAGAGAUGCGCCUUGGUCGCCCCGGCUCCUCCUCCUCUUCUUCCUCCUCCUUCUCCUCCUCCUCCUCCUCCUCUUCUUCCUCCUCCUCCUUCUCCUCCUCCUCCCCGGCGGCGUUGGAUCAUGGAGAUUGAGAAUAUCGUGGCCAACACGGUGCUCCUCAAAGCCCGCGAAGGAGGAGGCGGGAAACGCAAUGGCCGCAGUAAGAAAUGGAAGGAGAUGCUCAAGUUGCCCCACGUCAGCCACUGCAGUGAUCUCCGACACUCGAUGGAAAAGGAGUAUUACAGUCUCUGUGACAAGCAGCCCAUAGGAAGACUUCUUUUCAGGCAAUUCUGCGAUACAAAACCCGAUCUCAAGCGGUGCAUCGAAUUCCUGGAUGCGGUGGCCGACUACGAGGUGGCUUCAGAUGAAAACCGUAAAUACUGUGGCCUCGCGGUGUUAGAGACGUACUUCAACAAUGGGUCUGCGGCCCAUUUGCCGGAAAUCCCUCAGGAGACCGUGAAAGCGUGUAAAGAGAGACUGGAGCAGAGUCCCUGCAAAGAGCUCUUCAAGGCCUGCACUAGGUUCGUCCAUGAUUAUUUAAGUGGAGGACCUUUUGAGGAUUACCAAGAAAGCAUGUACUUCUCCCGGUUUUUACAGUGGAAAUGGCUAGAAAGGCAACCAGUAACAAAGAACACAUUUAGGCAUUACAGAGUUCUAGGAAAAGGAGGAUUUGGAGAGGUAUGCGCCUGCCAAGUGAGGGCAACCGGCAAGAUGUACGCCUGUAAAAAGCUAGAAAAGAAAAGAAUCAAGAAGAGGAAGGGAGAAUCGAUGGCAUUAAACGAGAAACGGAUUUUAGAAAAAGUACACAGUAGAUUUGUCGUUAGUUUAUCCUACACGUAUGAAACAAAAGAUGCCCUGUGUUUAGUGUUAACGAUUAUGAACGGAGGGGAUUUGAAGUUUCACAUAUACAACAUGGGAAAUCCUGGCUUUGAUGAACAGAGGGCAGUUUUCUAUGCUGCAGAACUGUGCUGUGGCUUGGAAGAUUUACAGAGGGAGAGAAUUGUUUACAGAGAUCUGAAGCCUGAAAAUAUUCUCCUGGAUGACCGUGGACAUAUCCGGAUUUCAGAUCUUGGAUUAGCUGUGCAGAUUCCAGAAGGAGAAACGAUCCGCGGGAGGGUCGGAACAGUUGGUUACAUGGCUCCAGAAGUCAUCAAUAAUGAGAACUAUACAUUUAGUCCCGACUGGUGGGGACUUGGCUGCUUAAUUUAUGAAAUGAUUCAGGGACAAUCACCAUUCAGGAAACGCAAAGAGAAGGUCAAAAGGGAGGAGGUAGACCGGAGGGUGAAAGAGGACCGGGAAGAGUAUUCUGAGAAGUUCUCAGAGGAGGCAAAAUCCAUCUGCAGGAUGUUGCUCGCCAAAGAUCCGAAGGACCGACUGGGUUGCAUCGGAGACGGCGCGGCCAGUGUGAAACUGCACCCUAUUUUUAAGGGCAUUAACUUCAAGAGACUGGAAGCAAACAUGGUAGAACCACCCUUCUCCCCUGAUCCACGGGCGGUCUACUGCAAGGACGUCCUGGAUAUCGAGCAGUUCUCCACGGUAAAGGGAGUCAACCUGGAUACCACCGACGACGAUUUCUACUCCAAGUUCGUCACGGGCUGCGUCUCCAUCCCCUGGCAGAACGAGAUGAUCGAAACGGAAUGCUUUAAAGACAUCAACGUUUACGAAAACGACGAAAGCUUACCGUCCGAAAUAGACUCUGGAAAACGUAACCCUAGACCAAAGAGAGGCUUCUUCCAUCGACUCUUCAGAAGAGGGGUCUGUUUCAAAACUAGGUACAGUGAUGAGGAAGAGGAACCAACGAAACUUUAAACCACUGUACGAGAGCCGGAAUCCCGAUGGGCAAGGACUGACCGAGUUCUGAAUGUUUUAUUGUCUCUAUAAACUGUAAUAAAAAUUUAUUAUACCUUUUAAAA